AUGGAAGCAUACCCGCCUGAAUACUUUACCACCCCGCUACCCCUACUGGUGGUAGCCGGUCUGGGUAAUACUGAGUCGCAUACUGCCUUGCCGCCAUACCCGCUACUCGAGAAUGCUACACUCAUCAGCUGCGAUGAACCCUUGGUAAACUCCAAAGUCGGCGAGGAUCUGCUUCAGUAUUUCCUCAAGAGCAGUGCAGAUUCGGGAUGGAAAGGAACUAUCAAACGAGGAGGAAGGCCGCCAAAUUCGUCCGCGUUUAGGGUCGCUGCUGUCGGAAGGGUAGUCUUUCCUUCCUCAAACACCACUAUUAUAUCACCACUAUCCUCAUAUACCACCAAAAUAGCUACCUGA